AAUCUCAGCAGAAUGGGGCUAGGGUUUUUGCAGUUCCGCACUAUAAAAACGCUUUCAUCCCUCUUACUACACUACUCAGAUCUUCCUAAACCCUAAAACUAUUCAGGAGGUUUAUCAUUGGUACUUUAAGAAAAUCUCGAAAAGCUCCAUUUAUUUUUCAAGAUGAGCAAGCCAAUGGAGGAAGAUGUUGUUAAGAAUGAGGAAGAGGAAUUUAACACUGGACCACUUUCUGUGCUGAUGAUGAGUGUUAAAAACAACACACAGGUCCUUAUUAAUUGUCGGAAUAACAAAAAGCUGUUGGGUCGUGUCAGAGCAUUUGAUCGGCACUGCAACAUGGUUCUUGAAAAUGUCAGGGAAAUGUGGACUGAGGUACCAAAAACUGGGAAAGGAAAGAAAAAAGCCCAUCCAGUUAACAAGGACAGAUUCAUCAGUAAGAUGUUUCUUCGUGGAGACUCUGUAAUCAUUGUUCUUAGGAAUCCUAAGUGAGGUAUAUCUGUACUGUUGGACUUAAUCAUGUAUUGUGUAUUCAACCCCAUAAUAUCUCACCUGCAGCUAAUUUGGUUUAAAUGCCCCCUCCAUCUUCAAACAAUGAGGCCUAGACCCUAGUUAGUUCAUGAUGCGGCAUCUGCCUUAGUUAAAUGAGGGAAGAAGAGUUAUCCUAUUAGGCUAUUACCCUUACCGGAGCUUUACCAUGUUUGUAUGGUACUGAUUUGUAAAUUUGAUGAUUUAUGACAGGAUUAUUUUGUCAUUGUCAUUAUUAACAGUGAGUUUUCUUUUAAAUUUCAAACGAUGAUGAGAAAUUAUGAAAUGAAAAAAAAUUAGAGUUUACUAUAAAGCCACUAAUCUUCUGUUGUGCCUUUUGUUGCCAGCUCUAGAAUUAUCAUAUUGUGAACUAUCAAAUUUUUUAUUGUAUGUCUUAGUGCAAUAUGGAUUGUUUAACUAAUCUAGGAUUGUACUAUUUGAAGAUUCUGUUCUGAAUAUAGAAUUUAUCGACUAUGGCCCAAACUCGUUUUUUCUCAAAUCAGAAUUAGUAUGCCGCACCUGGGCAUCUCAGUCCAGCCUUGCACUUAAUGCAAAUGAUCAACUAGCCCAAUGACAAAAUCCAUGAAGGCUGUGAAGGUGCACACUGCAACUGCUGCUGGCAGUAUCUACACUAGCAUAUAUACACCCUGUAAGGCCAAGACCACAGUUUAUCAAGAGUAGGAUUAUGAUGAUACACUAUCUAGUGUAGGAUUAUAAUGAUUUUGUCAAAAACAAUUCGUAAACCUGUUCGGGUGUUCAUGGCUUGUUUGAGUCGACAGCAGAAAAUGUCAGUGACCUAAUUGCGUAUCCAGUCAUCUCUAGACCUUAUUGUGAA